CCCUUGAAGUAAGUAAACCACACAAAGAAAGAGAGAGAGAGAGAGAGAAAGUAAAGAAAGAUUCAGAUUUCAGACACAUAUACACGGAUACAUACACAGAUACAUACAUAAACUAUGGAUUUGCAUGAACCUGAAUCAAGAACACAAGUUGUGUCCAACGAUUGCGAUGAUGGUUACAUAGACAUGGAGGUCAAUCUCUCUUCUUCUUCUACGUCCCCAAGCUUCAUCAGCUUCGCCGUCACUUCCUCGCCGCCGCACAGCCGAGAAUUCGAGUUUCAAAUGUGCUCCUCCACCGUAGCUUCCGGCGAAUCCACCACAUCUCCGGCCGACGAGCUUUUCUACAAAGGUCAACUCCUCCCUCUCCACCUCCCUCCUCGUCUCCAAAUGGUCCAAAAGCUUCUCGCCUCUUCCUCCGCCGCCGCCGCCAAAGUAGAUACUCCGAUUUCCCCACGCGCCGCCGUAUCCUCGCCGCGGAGAUUCAGUAGCAGCGAGAUCGACGUGAGCGGCACAGACGAGCAAUGUUUCUUCGAGAUUUCAACGGAGCUCAAGAGAUUCAUCGAGAACAACGAGAAUCUUGGAAACAGUUGGAGCAGAAAGAUAAAGCAUUCAUCUUUAACUCAGAAGCUCAAGGCCUCACGCGCUUACAUCAAAGCUCUCUUCUCCAGACCAGGAUGCUCAGAUUCCUCAGAGAUCCAUCCAAAAUUCAAAAUUGAAGACAUAAAGCCCUCUAAAUCCUCGAAAAGGAAGAACCCAUUUGGAAAAACAGAGUCCCCAAACAUCAACGAUACUCAAUUGCUACACAGGAGAUCGUUCUCUGGUGUGAUACAGAGGCAUUCUCAAGUGAAGUGUUCUUCGUCUUCUUCUUCUACUUCCUCCUCUUCUUCUUCUUCGCUGUCUUCGUCGUUCAGCUUCGGAUCGAACGGGUCGUUGGAUCUGCAGACGCUGAUGAGAAGCAGCAACGCGAGCUCUGAGGUUGAUAACUCCAUUGAAGGAGCGAUUGAGCAUUGUAAGCAGUCGUUUACCACCACUAGGAAAAGCAAUGUCGGUGAUUCUGAGAUCUCUUCUUCAAGAACCUCUGUUUCCACUUGCAGCGAACUUGAAAAAGGAUGAAAAUUUCCCAGAAAUUUGACGGAUCUGUGACGCUCUCUCUCUCUCUCUGAUUCUCAUUUUCCAAAAAAAAAGGACACAAAAAGUUCAAAAAAAAGAGAACUUUUUUCUUCUACUCUGUUUUUUUUUUCCUUCUUUUUGUAUUAGAUUCCAUUGUGUGUUUUGUUUUUUAGAAGUUUGCUGAAUUUGAGGCUUCUUUCUAU